AUGCCCAUCGCUACAACAUCUUGCUCCAAGGAAUAUGUUCUGCCUCAGCUUAAUACCAAGAGCUGCCAAUAUACUCUGAAAUUUAUUUCUCUUUUUGACGAUACUCUAAUAAGAAUAUUUUCAGGCGCCUUUAUUUAUGAGCUUUUACCCAUUACAGGCCAACAAGAGACAUUCAACCUUAUCAGCGACUCACUUGUGCAAGUGAAAGCAUCGAAUAACGUGUACAUGUUCCUCCAUUUCAAUUACCCCUGUCUGGAUGAAGAUAGUAAUCUGAAUGUGCAUCACCUACAGUUAAUCCCGAAUGAUUUGUUUUUAAACAAGUACAUAUGGAGUACGCCCAAAGUGCAAAGUUGGUACGGACAAUACCAUUUCAUUUCUAUUGUCGCUCCGGACGGUCCAUUUGAGAUAUUACUUGACCAUGUCAAAAUUAGUUUGAAUUUUAAAGAAGAAAAGGGAGUGGCCUGGACAACUUCUUUGUAUGAAAUUAUGCCAGGACAACACGAAGCGUGUGCUAUUCACGGACAACUCUUCGCAAUUUAUGCUUUGGGAUGGGAUGAUGAAACUUAUUUCGCACAUGACGUUGGUUAUGCAAUAACAGAUUCAAAAGAAGUUGGAGGCAAAGAAGAUAGUAACGCUUUCUGGACGGUGAUGUUCUGCAUAGUAGUUUCCACAUUGCUUUUAUGUGUGAUUGGUUAUAAAGGAUAUGAUUCGUACCGAAGAGAGAAAAAGACAAGCUCAAAUAAUAUAUCCCAACCUUCAAAAAGCCACCAUCCACUUAAUAUUUGCGACUCCAAACAGCCAACAGAAAGUGAAAGCGUUUUGUCAUCCACUGAAAGCAGCGGCCAACGAACACCAGGCAGUUCCAGUAGUAGCCUUAAACAAUAUGCUACUUCAUGUCCGAGCGUUUGUCGCUGCUGGGGCAUGAGCAACUUACACAGCACAGCGCAGAGACCUAUAGAUUUAAGUGAUAACGAAGAUGGUUCAAAUGAUUCUCUUGAUGAAUCAUCGCUUAAUACAAGAAGGAGGCACAAAAAUAAAAUGCUUUUGCUUUCAAAAAGUGCGUUUACACCUGCACAUACACAGUCAUAUAUAAAAACAUAUUGGUGAUAAAAUUACUGAACA